UCGCAUAGCGGCGGCUGUUCGCUCAGACCGGGGAAAAGCAGGACCCGAGGUCAGCAUCUGGGCGCCUUUCCUCCUAACCGAGCGGGCGGAUGCGGCGGCUAUAAAGCCCCCGAAUCCCUCCCAUCCAUCUUCGGGCAGAUCUACCCAAAACACCAAGGACGGUCCCACCGGAGGAGGUCGAAGAGGAAGAGGGAAAGCACCCACGAGGCAAAGCGACUGCCCGAGCGACCACGAUUUAAACAAGCCCAAAAAGUCAUAAACCCGGAAGCUCAGGCCACGCGCCAGGUGCAGCUGGCAGUGAAUCGCUUUACCGGUUUUGCCGAGGCCCUACGUAGAUUGACGUCGAGGAGGGGGAGAUGGGGAGGAGGGGAUGCUGAUGACUGAGCCGCCGCAGGAAAUUGCCGUCGACCGUUCAUUCAUUCGUUCGUUCGUUCGUUCAUUCAUUCAUUCAUAGCGCGCUCUACCACGCUUUUCUGAAAGGAUUUUAAUGUAGCCGUAGAUCCUUACAUCAGGCGUACGGUGACGACUGAGAAAACAUUUACACACGUUCCUCUUCUGCGCGUCCGGUGAGACCCACCCCAACAGGAGCGCCCAGCGCCCAAGCGAGGUAUCUUACAGGAGGACCCAGACCGCCACCAGAAAAAGCUCAAGGUGGAGGCGCAGCGGAGGCAUCGCGGCUCGGAGUCUUUCUGACUGAGGGAGAGAAAGGAGUCGUUUGCUUUACAGGUUGUCAAACUCAUUUUGUAGCUAGUACUUAGCGCCAAAAUUCAGACAAACUCCAGGAUAAGUUCUCUAAAUCAAGAUGCCUUUCAAAAUAACACUAGAAUUAACUGAGAUGCAAAAUAUGAAGGUUCCUGAGGAUGACAACAUUAGUAAUGAUUCUAAUGAUUUUACAGAAGUAGAAAAUGGACAAAUGAAUAGCAAAUUCAUCGCAGACCGUGAAAGCAGAAGAAGCCUAACUAACAGCCAUUUGGAAAAGAAGAAGUGUGAUGAAUAUAGUCCAGGCACAACAUCUUUGGGAAUGUCUGUCUUCAACCUUAGUAAUGCUAUUAUGGGCAGUGGAAUAUUGGGCCUUGCCUUUGCUUUGGCCAACACAGGAAUUGUACUCUUUAC